CUCAGUCAGAAAGAUCUCUGUAUUCAGCUUGCAGAAUAAAUGCAGCCAAAAGGGCAGUGGCCUCGAGUCAUUCACAGCGCGCUUGGUUUUGAACGUCACCCUCACAGAAGUGAUUUCUCAUCAUGCCAAGCCAACAGAAGAAAGUCAUUUUUUGCAUGGCUGGAAUGUUAAGCUUCAUGUGUGCCCUGGGAGUUGUGACAGCCCUGGGGACGCCAUUGUGGAUCAAGGCCACUUUCCUCUGUAAAACAGGAGCUCUGCUCGUUAAUGCCUCUGGGCAGGAGCUGGACAAGUUCAUGGGAGAGAUGCAGUAUGGACUUUUCCAUGGAGAGGGCGUGAGGCAGUGUGGGUUGGGAGCCAGGCCCUUUCGGUUCUCAUUUUUCCCAGAGUUGCUCAAAGCCAUCCCAGUGAGCAUCCACGUCAGUGUCAUCCUCUUUUCCGUAAUCCUGGUCGUGUUGACCAUGGUGGGGACAGCCUUCUUUAUGUACAAUGCAUUUGGCAAGCCCUUUGAAACAUUGCAUGGUCCGCUGGGGCUGUAUCUCUUGAGUUUUAUUGCUGGCUCCUGUGGCUGUCUUGUCAUGGUAUUGUUUGCCUCGGAGGUGAAAAUCCACCACCUCUCAGAAAAAAUUGCCAAUUAUAAAGAAGGGACUUACGCCUACAAAACACAAAGUGAAAAAUACACCACUUCAUUCUGGGUUGUUUUCAUUUGCUUUUUUGUUCAUUUUCUGAAUGGGCUCCUAAUACGACUUGCUGGCUUCCAGUUCCCUUUUGUAAAAUCUAAAGACACGGAGACAAGCAAUGUAGCUGCAGAUCUAAUGUACUAAAAGGCAAACGUUUCUGCAAAUUCCCAAGUAAGGGCAUGAACUUGCUCUGAUCACAUGGACAUGGAUAAUUCUGCCCUUCCUCUUAGAUGCACAGGUUAAAGCAUUCACACCCUCACAAUAAUGUUUACAAAUGUUUGGACAUAAUAAUGUCUAGGACAUAAAUGUUUAUGUACUGGUAGCAACUGAAAAGGAAGGACAGAGGGAAGACUCUAGAAGGUCAUUCUACCUGAUACAAAAAUGUUUAACCUGGGGAGCCCAGGAAUUGACUGGAAUAAAUAGGCUAUAACUCCAUAAACAUAUCAAAACACAAAUGUCUCCUCUAGCAAUGAGUUGAGAGGCAUGUGGAAUGUAUUUCAAUACAAGCAAAUAGUAUGCCUACUUUCUCCAGAAGCUGACUGCCAGAUACCAGGAAAAGGGUGGACUCACCUUCCAGAAGGGACAGGAUGUUAAGUGAGCACUGAUAAAAACAUAUCCACGUAACUUUCUACAAACGUUCCUUGAAAUCACAGGCUUGCUGUCCACACCUGUUGGUCAACAUUUGCAAAUCUCUUAAGACGAAAAAGGAAAAAAUGCAACACUUGCAAAGGUCACAGUGGCUGGGAUCACUGAGAAAUCAUGAAAAAUGACUCUUUCUAGUAAACUGGAUGCAAAACGA